AUGCUUCCCCUAUUUUUGCUGGCCACCGCUAAAGGUGAACCGAUUCAGGUGGAAUUGAAGAAUAAUGUCACAAUAAAUGGAUAUCUGGUGGAUUGUGAUUCAUGGAUGAAUCUGACUUUGGAGAAUGUGUUGGAGGUCGACGCUACUGGAGAGCAUUUCAAAAAGUUUCCCCAGUUUUAUGUUCACGGCGUUGAAAUAAAGGGCGUAAGAAUGGAUGAAAAUAUCAUAGAUCGUGCUAGGCAAAAGGAACAACGAGCCAGAAACUGGAAUAAUAAUAACAACAGCAAUAAUAACCAGAGAAGAAACUACAACAAUAGAUAUAGCGCAAACUCCUCUGGCGGAAACAGAGGCAAUCAAAGACAGAGAUAA